AAAAUUACUCUUUCUCCCUGUCCUAGUGCCCCAAUUGAAACGAAACAAAUCAGCAUACAGAAAAUGGAGCCGCCGACAUGAAUCUUAAUGAGAAUCGCAAACAUAUGAGAUAAAAGAUUUUGAAGCAGCUUCGUUGAUUUGAUGCUGUUAUGAGUAGCUAUCAAAGACAACGCUGCUUUGUUCUUUUUUUCUUCAAUCCCUUUCCAUGGCCGUUUUUUGAGCACAUGAUGCUUUUCUUAGUACAGUCAGAGCAAAACAAAACCCUCUCUCUCUCUCUCUCUCUCUCUGCCAAUGUCAGUCUUUUCUCUGUCAAAGAUUUGGUACAGACUCGUAGACGAUACUCUCUUUCCUCCCGGUUUUGAUUCAAAAAAGCUGAAAACUUUGUUUCUUUCUUCGGAUAAUAUCAACAAAAGCAGAGUUGGUUACGGAUGUCUUUGUACGAUCGUAUAUUCCCUCAAUGAUUUUCUUUUGGCGGACAACUGCUGUGUAUCCGGAGACACUGCAGAGUCCUCUCUCUCUCUCUCUCUCUCUCUCUCUCUCUCUCUCUCUCUCUCUCUUCCUCGUUAUAUACUACAGAGUAAGAAAAAAGAAAAAAAAAGGGCAGAGAAGAGAUUCAAGUGUUGGAUUUUUGUUGUUAGAGAGAGAGAGAGAAUGAGAGGGGUUGCGAGAGUGAAGGAGCUGCUCCGGCCCUUUGUUGAUUCCAAGGAUUGGGAUUUCUGUAUCAUCUGGAAACUGGGCGAUGAUCCUUCUAGGUUUAUGGAAUGGGUUGAUUGUUGCUGCAGUGGUGGUUAUAGCGGUGAACAUAUUAAGCAUGAAAACGUUGAAGAGGAAGGAGAAGGAGGAGAAGGAGAACAGAAGAAGGGGGUUUCGAUGUGCAGAGAUGAACACAAGAAGCAUCCUUUAAGAACCUUACCAUGUGAAGUUCUUUCUCGUUUCCCUCUGUUCAUGCCUCUCUAUCCUGGGAUUCAUGGAGAAGUUGUGAUGUCAAAGUUAUCGAGAUGGUUGCUUAACAAUCAAGGCAAUGGGUCUGGUCUAGGGUCUUCAAAUCCCUUGCAGGAUGUGUUCAGGACCCGAGUUCUUGUUCCUGUGAAUGAUGGCCUUGUUGAGCUUUUCUCCACAAAACUGAAACCCGUGGAUCAAGCGGUGGUUGAUUCGAUUAUAUCGAGUUGUAACGCUUUCUUGAGCGAUCUUCGCAUAGGCCUGAAGCCACGGCCUCUGUUUGAGCCAUUUCUCGAGCAGACUGUACAAGGAUCUGCUAAUACCGGCGUGAAUAUAAGCUUUGAUGGCUCAUCAAGUGGUUCCAAUCCCUCCAGUGAAACCCAACCUCCAUUGCCAAACCACCUUGAGCUCUUGUACAAGCAGGAACCGCCGCCAUGUUUGCUGUUGAGCAGCAAGAGCAAGAAGGAUAUUGCCGGCCGAGACAAUGGCUUCAAAUCCAUCAAAAAGGUCGUAAAAGAAAUGGGCAAAUCGAAGAAUAUUAUCACGGAGAGGAAUAGGAGAUACCGGAUUAAUCAAGGGAUUUACGCUCUACGAGCUCUAGUCCCCAAGAUCACAAAGAUGGAUAAAGCUGGAACCCUGAGUGAUGCGAUCAAUUACAUAAACGAGUUACACGAGGAGAAACGGAAGCUGGAAGAUGAGCUGAAGCACAUGAAUGAUAUGGAAUACAUAGAAAGCGUCGCAGAAGAGAUCAUGGCAAAAAAACCCGACGAAGAUCCUUCCAUGGCUGCCGAUCCUGCAACUUACCAAGUUUCUUCUGAACUUAACAGGAAACAGAACGAGGUGAAUCUGGAAGUCCACAAGAUCAGUGAAAGAGAGUUCUUGAUCAGGGUUUCGCACGAGAAUAAAAGAGACGGAUUCAAGAGAGUGAUCGAGGCUUUGAACUCUACAGGCUUAGAGAUCAUCAACGUCAAUUUCACCAGACUCAAUGAGAGUGUAAUGAACAUCCUUAACGUCAAGGCGAGAAAAGAUGGGAUUGAAGCUCGAAAGCUGAGAGAUGUGCUUUUUAUGAUGAUAACUUCAGAUAAUCGUCGAGCAGAUGCAAAUCCCGUGAAAAGAGAAUAGAUAAAAAAAGUUAACGAUAUCAUUGCUUCGUUCACGAAUUCCUGCGUAGGAGCUCUGGCAAGCUUCAAUGUUCGAACAAAAGUUUCCUU